AUGGCAUCUUCGAGAUUGCAUGACCUUGAAGCAUGUAGUACAACUGCUGAUUCUCUCCCUCAGGUUUCUGCAGGGAUUCCAAGAAAAGUGACAAAACCAAAUUUCCAGCAUGUUAUUUCCUUUGCUCCCCCAAAAGAGGCCAGGGUCAAACCAAGUCCAGACUCAUCCAUUGCCAUCUCCAAACCACGUGGCGAAUUGAAGAAACCCCACUCGAGUCAACGGCUGGUCAGACCCACCAAUGUGAACAAGAGUACGCCAAAGAAAAAGUCAACGCACGAGGUAGUUCGCGAUUCUGAGCGUUCUACUGCACGCAGGGAGGCCAAUAAAGACUGUGAAGCUUCUGGUAAGAGUAAAAUGACGCAAUAUGGGGGAUGCACUGCAGCGUCCUCAACGGGUGUGCAUGACGUGACCAAGCCGGAGUCUACGAGGAGAGGAGACAGUUGCAUGAGCUUUGAGGGGAAAAUGAGGAUGGGCCAGAGAUCCAGAGAGAAGGGGGAGCGCUCACAGAGUUCAAAAAGUAGCAUGGGUGAUUACAGCAGUAGCACGAGCAUCAGUGACGACAGUAACCAGAGCGUCUCCAGUGGUCAUGGAUGUAAGCCUCACAUGUCGAGAGAUUUUCGAUGGACGGCCAUUCGGCAUGUUGAGAUGAACCAGGGAUGUAUACGGUUGAACAACUUUAAGCUGCUGAAGAGACUCGGCUGUGGGGACAUUGGGACCGUGUAUGUUGCAGAACUGGUUGGCUCAGGCUGUCUAUUCGCCCUGAAAGUUAUGGAUAAUGAUUUCUUGUUGAGCAGAAAAAAGAUGCCGAGAGCACAGACAGAGAGAGAGAUACUGCAAACUCUGGAUCAUCCAUUCCUCCCAACACUGUACACCUACUUUACAACAGAUAAUCUUUCAUGCUUGGUAAUGGAGUACUGUCCGGGUGGAGACCUGCAUGUCCUCCGACAGAAGCAGCCUUGGAGGAGCUUUUCUGAGCCUGCAGCUAGGUACGCGAUCUCAUCAGAAUAGCCUGCAUAAAAAUAUGUUUUUUUUAGGUUAUGUUUGGUGAAAGGCUCUCUUGUGUGAAGUACAGAUCACAUAAACCGAUCUUUCUUCCUCACCCCUCGUGAUCUAGGAAACCAUAUCCAGGGGAUCUGUGAUGCAUGCUUCGAGCUUCCCGAAGUCGCGUGUUUUUUUUUUAUAGUUUUUUUUCUCUAUUUGGAAGUACUCUGCUCCGUCCGGAGAAAUCCAUGAAAUCUCUGUACAAGUUUGUUUGUGGGCAACAUAGAUAUGAAGAGCAGAGGGGGGGCCGAGACUCCUCUCAGGCUCCUUUUACAGAGGACAGCAUGAGACUCGCGACAUCUGCGGAUUGCAGUGCAAUCCUCAUCGCCAGUCCCUUCUGACUCUGUCUUCUGCUGCACAGAUUCUAUGUCGCGGAAGUACUCUUGGCUCUCGAGUACCUCCACAUGCUCGGGGUGAUCUACCGCGAUCUCAAGCCGGAGAACAUUCUGGUCCGAGAAGACGGCCACAUCAUGCUGUCCGACUUCGACCUCUCUCUGCGGUGCUCCGUGACACCGGUCCUCCUCAGAUCCCCGCUCUCCGGCAGCGUGGAAGCGGAGGAGACGCCGUCGAAUUUCAGCUGUGUCGAUCCUCUGUGCGUUGAGCCACCCUGCGCCGGAGUCUCCUGCCUGACGCCGCGUCUUCUCAGCGCGGCGAAGAGCAAGGAUCAGGCCGCCGCGCUUCCACAGCUGGUGGCGGAGCCGACAGAGGCGCGAUCCAACUCCUUCGUGGGGACUCACGAGUAUCUGGCGCCGGAGAUUGUCAAAGGGGAAGGCCACGGGAGCUCCGUCGACUGGUGGACGCUGGGGAUCUUCCUGUACGAGUUGCUGUUCGGUAGGACGCCAUUUAAAGGUGCCAGGGACGAGGAGACUCUGGUGAACAUUGUCACGCAGGAUCUCUCCUAUCCGGAGAGCCCGGCGGUAACCGUCCCGGCCAAGGAGCUCAUCAGGGGCCUGCUCGUGAAGGAUCCGGAGAGAAGGCUCGGCUCGGUCCGAGGUGCCACGGAGAUCAAGCGCCACCCCUUUUUUGAAGGAUUGAACUGGGCUCUCAUCCGGUGUACAAUCCCACCGGAGACGCCGGCCCCGGACGAGCUCAUGCCUCCGCCGCCGCCUGCUCCCGCGCCGGCGGUGGUGAGCAGAAAGAAGCCCGCCAGGUGCCUGGAUUUUGGGAACGGGGACAAGGUGGAGUUCGAGCUGUUCUAA